AUGCCUAGAAGUAGUCAAGAUUCAAUCACGGAUCAACCACCUUUGAAAAAACACAAGGCUCAUGGAAAUCCAACAGGAUCAAGUCAAGUUUCAAAAGAGGAACAAUUCCAAUUUUCACAAUCUUUUAAAUCAACAAAUUCUUCAAUUAGUCAAAAAUCAAUAGUUAUUAAAAAAGGUGACAAGAUACAAAAAAGAGUAUCACAGUUAUUAACAACAGUAUUGGAAAAGGAUGAACCGGUGUUCUUAAUGAGUUCUGGAGAAUCAUUACAAAAAAUGAUUAGUAUUUUAGAAAUUUUUAAGUUAAAAUUAAAAGAUAAUAAAGAUUUCAAAUUUGAACAAUUUAAUAAAUUGGAUCAUUUCAAGACGUUCAUUAAAAAGAAUGAAAUAUUGUCCAAAGAGAUUAAAGUUCCUGUUUUGUAUACUUUGAUUAGAAAAGUUAAGGAAACUAGUGGAGCUGAUGAUGAUGCUGUUGAUUUUGAUGCUUGGAAUAGACAGGAAAUAUGA